AUGGGCUUCCUCUUUCUAUUGUUGGUGCGUUUUAUUUUUCCAUCUUUGGGCCCUUUUGUCCUAAAGACUAUCUUUGGACAAAAGUAGCAUGUCCCACGUCUAUCUUGCGUUCGCAUGGGCCACUAUUAACGAAAUUAGCCCGUUGUUUUUUGGGUAGUCGAUACGAUUCCCAUUCAUGUUUUCCCAUAGUAACUUCCAAAAAUACCCUUACCAUUUUACUAUAAUUCCAAAACAACCCAAACCCUGAAAAAAAUAGGAACUCACGUUCAAAGACACUCCAACUUCUUUUUCAUCUUAACAUUGCAUACACAGCCUCUCUGAAGCAGCAGAAACGCCUUGUGUUAUGUUAUUAUUAUUUGACUCUCCAUAUCUUCGUCCAUCCGCAUUUCACUCUCCAUAUCUUCGUCCAUUGCAGAGUGGUUUGCCCCGUAUGGAAUCAAUUCGGACUGUAAAUCGGGAUGAUAUUGCGGAACGCUUUGCCCCGUAUGCACUUUCUAGCGGUAAAGGCUCACAUGUCCUUCACAACAACCCACAAGCUCAGAGCCUGAAGAAGACUAAGAAAGCCCUUGGCCCUGCCACUUCACGCCACAGUCCGUCUUCUGCAAGACUGCUUCCACAAACUAGUAUUCAGGCAGGAUAUGGGAUGGAACCGAUUUCAAGUGUUUCUAGUGGUGCAGAACCACGUGGUGGUCUUGUUGAGCCACAAGUUCUUGAACCAGUUGAAAUUGCCCCCGCAGACCAAAUGUUCACAGGGAAAGGUCACGGAAUUAUGGAAGAAACUUCUUGUUGUCAACUAUGCCCCCCCUGCAGAAUCACGAAGAUGUUCAAGAAGUUGAAGCAAAAGCUGGCACGUUGGACUCAAAAGUGCUUGCAUGAGAAAAAGAAGAUUACUUGGAGGGCAGGGGAGACCAUCUUUGUUCAGACCAUUUAGCUCCAUCUUUCCAGCUAGAAGGAAUGGACGCGUGUUAGGCUCUACCUAUGUCCUUGCUCAUGUAACUCCUUUAGCUGUUUUAUCUUUGGCACUGGCAGUGUUUUGCUUUUGGGCCCUGUUAAAUUUGGUUGGUUUCUAACCUUGGGCACCAUGCUGUUUCCCUUUGUGGCUAGGCCCUUUUGAUUUGUAGCUUUGUAGCAGUUUCUUGGCCAUCUAUUGAAUGCAACACUAUAACGUGUAUUUGAAAAUAUUUUCUCCCUGAAAAGAAGUUAGAUCAUCUCUAACCGUUUAGGUAAAUUUGAAUUUCAGAUUUUAGCAAUUUGAAGAGCUACUGAAUAUACCAUCGUUCCAUUGCUUGCUUU